AUGGCACAAAGUGACGGCGAAUCUGGCCGAAACUCACCGGAUUAUCCGUCGCAGAUAAUAGGUGCAACAUUGAAUGGUGGCAGUAGCGAGUCACGUCGUCGCAGUGGUUCAAACGAUAGUGAAGUUUCUACUCCAUCGCUUGCAGACGAGAUAUUCAGCCCUUCGGCUUCAAUCGUCACAGACAUCACGGAGGACUAUGGAUGGGAGACUCCCGUGAAACGUGCACCAAUACCCAGUCCACAAUACAUGAUGAUAAUAUCAUCGGGUCCCCUCAAAAUGAAACCCAAGACGAACUACAGGGGACCAAGGACCCUUCCAAGCAAGACGAAGAAUUUGAUACUCAUUCCCCGUCUCCAGCAUCGAGAAGGACGAGAAGCGCCGCUAGACAUAAAUUCCAAGCCAGAAACUUAUCUCUAG